UUUCACCAGUCACCACAAAGAGUAGCCACUUCCAUAACCUUUAAAGUCAUAGAUUUCAGAUAAAGAUUGAGUUGAAGAUGACCACCAAGAUUUGGAUCAAUCUCAUCAUCUUAUCUUUACUAAAAGCAGUCUCAUCCCUCUCCGGACCCUCAGAGGUGAAGAGUGUAGUUGGUGAAACAGUCCACGUCUCCUGCCAGUAUCACCAGUUCAACAGGGACAAGGUCAAAUUCUGGUGCAGGGGUUAUCACUGGUAUUUCUGCACAGUUAUCAUUCGAUCUGAUCAACCUAAACAUCUGACCAGUGAUGUUCAGAUAUUGGAUGAUAAAAACCUUGGGUUAUUCACAGUCAGUAUGAAAGGAGCAACAGCAGAGGACAGUGGCUGGUACUGGUGUGCAAUUGAAAGAGCCAGCAGAACGUUGGCGUUUCGUCUUCAGCUGACUGUCUCCGAGUGGCUUGUAUCUCGGCUCAAAACAGAAACCACAAAACAGUUCAACGAGACCUCAACUUCCCCAACAACGUUGACAACACCACUGUCCACACCUUGUAUGACUCAAACAACAGGUCUCAUAUCUGCUACAAGCAAUUCAACAAGUGUGACAGUGUCCUUGGAUCAAGAUGAUCCGGUGUGGAAAGUAUGGAGAGUACUGCGCUGGAUGCUCUUCCUUUUCCUGUGUCUGUUCCUUGUUCUCUUCAGUACACGAUGCCAUCGUUGAUAUUUGUACCAUUCCUGCCGAUAUAUCGCUUGCCUCAGUGUGUGCUACAUUUACCCUAAAUCAAAAUGUACCAAAUCAAAAUCGUUGAGAAUAUUGUUUUGUUUUAAUUUAUGAAGCUAAAACAUUCAAACAUGCACAUAUAUUUUAAUUAGAAGCAAAUACAUUGAGGUCAUAACAUGUUCCGAGAGAUAUGAAUGUAUAGAGAAACAAUACUAAAGAUGUUGGAUCUUAAUUUGAACCAGUUUGCAGGAAAAUAAUCCUGCAGCAACAGAAAAUGUGAAUUAUUAUGUGGAUUUGUCACGUUCUGACCUUAGUUCCUUUUUUAUGUCUUUAUUUUAGUUGGUCAGGACUGUUUCGGUUGUUUGUACUUUUGUUAUUUUGUUCAGUGUUCUGUUGAUUUAUUAAAUAUAUCAUUAUGGACACUUACCA